CACUUGAGGCACGCCGCCCAGCGAUCAGCGCGCUUCUGCUACAUCUGAGGCAGCUUGCCGGGAGAUUGGUUCUUGCAGAUACAGAAGCCAAGUUUUGGAGUCCACAAAAAUAGUGAGAAAUCCAGAUAUAGACAAUUGGAAUAUUCACUCUUGGGCCAUUCUUGAUGCUUAGCACCACUCCAAAUCUCCAGCUACUCAAUAUAAAGAGAGAGAACAAAGCCUCCCUGGAAUACCUUUCCAUAUUCCUCUGGUGUCUAGAAAGUACCUUGGUUGGUGAAAGAAAUGAUACUGUGAACUCCAGAACACUGUCAGGACAGCCUUCAAAUCCAAUGGAAAGACUAUACAGUCCUUCAGAGAUGAAUAUCCUCCGCCUACUCCUGGCCACCUUGCUGGUCUCCCUGUGCCUCCUCACCACCUACAGUCACCUGGCACCUGAGGAAAAACCCGGAGAUGACAGGAGCCUGAGGACCAACUCCUCCAUGAACCUGUUGGAUCUCCCUUCUGUCUCUAUUGUAGCGCUGAACAAGAAAUCUGAAAAGAUCAGCAGAAAAGAGGCGGAAAAGAAGAGAUCUUCCAAGACAAAGGCUUCGAUGAAGAACGUUGCUCAGCCUCGGCGGCCCCGGCCUCCGCCGCCUGCCCCCUGCGUGGCCACUCGCGACAGCUGCAAGCCGCCAGCGCCCGCCUGCUGUGACCCGUGCGCCUCCUGCCAGUGCCGCUUCUUCCGCAGCUCUUGCUCUUGCCGAGUGCUCAACCCCAGGUGUGGCUUCCUAGGACGAGGCGCGGCGUAGCUACUUAGUUCGGGAAGGAGCUUUCAGGAGGCGGGGCUUCAAGGAGACUUGGCUCCAAAGACGCUUGGCUUGGC